GUCCGUGUUAGUGCUUAUCUCAAAGAGUGCAAGGGGGCUGCGACAUUUCAAGCAAAGCCUAUUGGUGAGGGAGUUUCUAUGUGAGGUUUCUUAAAGAAGUGCUUCCUUUUUAAUCUUGGUCUUGCGUGGGAAAGUACACUGAACGUUUUCCUCUAAGAGACCAAAAGUUUCGCAUAGCUCUUCUACCCCUCUAUGGAAGGAGAAGAAAUGCUGAUCCAACGUUCUGCUAUGGCUGUGAACUUUGCGUUUACUUGUACUUUGGAAAGUUAGUUUGCUAUUUUCUGAGAUGAAUUUCUCAGAAAAGUAUGAUUUUGAAGAUAACUUCAAUAGAAAUGUUGCUGCUGCCCAUGGAAGGGUUCCUUCUGGAAUCUUGUCUCAGACUAUGAACUACGUAGGACAACUUGCGGGACAAGUCCUGGUUACUGUGAAGGAACUGUACAAAGGCAUUAAUCAGGCUACCCUUUCAGGAUGCAUUGAUGUCAUUGUCGUCCGGCAGCAGGAUGGCACAUACCAGUGCUCUCCUUUUCAUGUCCGCUUUGGGAAGCUUGGUGUCUUGCGCUCUAAAGAAAAAGUGAUCGAUAUAGAAAUUAAUGGUGAUGCUGUUGAUCUUCAUAUGAAACUGGGUGACAAUGGAGAAGCUUUCUUUGUACAAGAAACUGAGGAGGAAAAUGAAAAAGUUCCUGCAUAUUUGGCAACAUCUCCAAUACCCACUGAAGACCAGUUUUUUAAAGACAGUGACAAUCAUUUGAAAUCAGGUGAAAAUGAGAGGACAUGUGCGAACUCAGAAAUUCCACACUCUGUGGAACCAGAGACUGUAUUCACCCCAGGUUCUGUGAAAAAGAAAAAAAGAAGAAGAAAGAAAUACAAGCAAGAUACCAGGAAGGAAGAUCAAAUGUCUUCUACUGGGACAGAAGAGAUUUUUGAAAUGGAAAUAAGCUCAGAUGAUGAGAAAAGUGUUCAACCCCUAAGAGGAUCCUCAAAUUCAUCACCAAAAGGCGAAGAACAAAAGGAAUCUUUGAUUUAUCACUCAAAGGAUCAUUACCCCUUAUCUGAUGGAGACUGGUCUCCUCUGGAUAACCCUUACUCUGAGCCAGUCUGCCCUAAAAGUGAUUCAGAACUAGAAGUUAAACCUGCUGAGAGCUUGCUCAGAUCUGAAUCUCACAUGGAAUGGACAUGGGGAGGAUUCCCAGAAUCAACCAAGAUAAGCAAGAAAGAGAAACUGGAACAGCCCAGAACAGCUACCAUUACACCAUCAGAAAAGACUCAUUUUAGGGUCAUCCUCAGCUCUGAUGAAGUUGAAGAUGAUGAUGUAGUGAAAGAUUCUGUCUGUACGGUACUAAAACCUGAGCCAAGAACUCAUCCUCUUCUUAAGCAAAUGGAUAUUAAAGAUUCUCUUGCUUCUGCAAUCAUAGAACCACAGGAUUCCUUAACAUUAGAUGCUGACCAUCAUUCCAGACUGUUGGUAGACCCUCUACCAGAAACGAAGCCAACAACAAAAACUGACUCUCCUUCCAAAAAGAAAGGGGUGCACAAGCGAAGUCAUCAUCAGGGGCCUGAUGAUAUUUACUUGGAGGACCUAAAGGCUUUGGAACCUGAAGUUGCAGCACUCUACUUUCCCAAAAGUGAUUCUGAUCCAGGCUUCAGGCAGUGGACCGAGUCAGAUACCCUUUCUGGUUCUCAGUCACCCCAAUCAGUAGGAAGCGCAGCUGCUGAUAGUGGCACAGAGUGCAUGUCUGAUUCUGCGAUGGACUUGCCUGAUGUUACACUCUCACUUUGUGGAGGUCUCAAUGAAAACGGGGAGAUUUCUAAAGAAAAGUUCAUGGAACAUAUUAUUACUUACCAUGAAUUUGCUGAAAACCCUGGACUCAUAGACAAUCCUAAUUUGGUAAUAAGGAUUUACAACAGGUAUUAUAACUGGGCGUUGGCUGCUCCAAUGAUUCUGAGUUUGCAAGUGUUUCAGAAAAGUUUGCCUAAGGCUACUGUUGAGUCUUGGGUCAAAGAAAAGAUGCCAAAGAAGUCUGGAAGGUGGUGGUUCUGGCGCAAGAGAGAAAGCAUGACUAAACAGAUACCAGAGGCAAAAGAGGGGAAGUCUGAGGCGCAAAGAGCAAAUGAACUGCCAGCAACUAUAAAAGAGCAAGUUAAUAGUAGACCUCCAGAAGAUGACUCUUCUAGUGAUGAAGCAUCACAAGAGUUGAAGGAAUCCUUGAAAAUAGAUUCUACAGUAGAGCAUCCAACCCAUGGGAACAUUCCAUCUUACAAGAAGUCACUUAGACUCUCUUCGGACCAAAUAGCGAAGCUGAAACUCAGAGAUGGCCCUAAUGAUGUUGUAUUUAGUAUUACAACCCAGUAUCAAGGGACUUGCCGUUGUGCAGGAACAAUAUAUCUCUGGAACUGGAAUGACAAAAUCAUCAUAUCAGACAUUGAUGGAACAAUAACCAAGUCUGAUGCUUUAGGACAUAUCCUCCCUCAGUUUGGCAAGGACUGGACUCAUCAGGGCAUUGCAAAACUCUAUCAUUCCAUAAAUGAAAAUGGUUACAAGUUUCUGUACUGUUCUGCCCGUGCCAUUGGAAUGGCAGAUAUAACUAGAGGAUACCUACACUGGGUGAAUGACAAAGGAACAAUUCUUCCCAGGGGACCUCUCAUGUUGUCCCCCAGCAGUUUAUUUUCUGCAUUUCAUAGGGAAGUAAUAGAAAAGAAGCCUGAAAAAUUCAAAAUCGAAUGUUUGAAUGAUAUCAAGAACUUGUUUGCUCCCAGUAAACAGCCUUUCUAUGCUGCUUUUGGAAACAGGCCCAAUGAUGUGUAUGCCUACAUGCAAGUGGGAGUUCCAGACUGCAGAAUAUUUACUGUGAAUCCAAAGGGUGAACUGAUCCAAGAACGGACUAAAGGAAACAAAUCUUCGUAUUACAGACUAAGUGAGCUUGUGGAAUAUGUGUUCCCAUUGCUUAAUAAAGAACAGAGUUCUGCAUUUCCAUGCCCAGAAUUCAGCUCCUUUUGCUAUUGGAGAGAACCUCUUCCUGACCUUAACAUGGAAGAUCUGGCUUGAAAAAUACUUCUCACCUAGAAACGGAAUUUCAUGUUCAGCUACUCAACUUCAGUUUAAAUGUGAAGAACUUUCUUAAUGAAGAUGCUAAUUUAUAUACUGGUACCAUAAGUCUUACUAAAGAAAUCACUUUAACUCUGUUGGUGUAAGAUGAAGAAAAUGCAAAGCUACUGUCCAUUUUUUGUUAUUUUUUUGUAAUAUUGUUUGUCUGUGUUGCUUGUCUUUAUAUACCUGUACUAAGGCACUUGAAAUUGGCCUGUCAUUGAUGGCCGUGGUACCCAAGUGCUUCAUGGCAACUAAAUGCUGAGUGACUUUGCAUUUUCAUCAAUACAGACCUUAUUGUAAGCAUAGAUUUUUUUUUUUUGUAUUAGUCUUAAUAGUAUAUUUUCUAAAACAAAGCCAAAAAGUAUAUGGAAACUGCCAAAUAGAAUGUCAGACCUAUUAAUAAAAAACCUGGUCUAAUGUUCAGGUGGGCAAUUAGGCCAUUUUGCAGAGGAGCCAGAACCUAAGACCCAGUGUGCUCUUUCUCAGCUAAAAUACAGAAAGUGUAUAGAUAUUGCUAGCCUGACAGUCUGAAGACAUAAAAUUCAUCUUUAAAUGUAAAUAUGCCUUUUGUCACAUGUACGAGACUGUGCUUGUACAAUUAAUGCUCAGACUAAUUCUGCUUCUUUUUUUAUAUGCAAUGCUUAAACUAUUUAAUUAUCUUGUUAAAUUGAAAGUUGUCUUCAGAUACUUGUAUGGCUUUUGUUGCUUUCAGGCUGCACUAUUUCAUGUUAAAUUUCCAAAAGAAAUCUUGAACGUUUCUGUUAGAGUUGGGGAGCUGGCAUUUUAAUUUUUUUCAUUAUGGAGAUUCGUGUGUGUGUGUAUGCUAUGUAGGCCAGUAAAAAGUAUGUACAGAUUAUAUUCAGGGAAUUGUUAUACUAAAAAAAAUGAUGUAUUUAAUUUUUUAAUUAUCUACUGCAGGUCUUUCCAGAAUUCUGUAUUACAGGUUUUCACUAGCUGGAAGGAAAUGCAGCUCAGUAGUGGGAUUCCAGGUAUGAGAACGGUUAAAUGCUGCAGAGCAGAAUAAAACCUCUUUUUUCUUUUU